AUGGUGGCUCAGAAACUGCCUCCCGAACCCAACAGGCUCCGCGUGGCCAUUUGUGGCGGCGGUCCGGCUGGCUUGGGUGCCGCCAUAGCACUCUCAGCCCUCCCAAACGUUGAAGUGACCGUUUAUGAGCAAGCGAGGGAGCUGCGAGAGAUAGGCGCGGGCAUUCGCAUUGGGUAUAACUGCUGGAGAGUGCUUGAGUUGAUGGGCGCCGCACAGGAUGUCAAGGGGCAUCUGAAAACCACGGUCUUGCAUCGCAACGGUCUGAACGGACAGAUCAUCGAUACGAGGUCUUCCUCUAUGCCUGUCCAAUAUAAACCACGACGAGUGAGGAGGACUCGCCUUCAAUCCGCGCUGAUUAAGCAGGUUGCGCCCGGCACGAUCAAGCUGAACAAGCGGCUUGUCGCGUUGAAGAACCUUCCACACGGAGGGGUAUCACUUCUGUUUGAAGACGGUUUCGAGACCACCGCUGAUCUUGUCGUGGGAGCAGACGGUAUCCGCUCAGUUGUUAGAGACAGUAUCUUUCCUGAUCACAAGAUCAAAUUCACAGGAACCACGAUUUGGCGGACGCUCAUACCGAUCAGCGCCGUUGCCUACCAACAUGAGCUCAAUUCGCUGACGUCCUGGUGGUACGGUCCUGCGGGCCACGUCUAUCUAUCCCCGGUCGAUGAUCCAGAAGAGCUCAGUGAAAAUGAGAGAAUGUUUGAAAUCUCGUGUCGGAAUCUCGUCGAUCCAGAGACUGUGGGCGGCAAAAGAUUCAGCUGGGGCAUUCCUGCAACGAAUCAGAGAGUUCAGUCUCAUUUCACGGAGUUUGACCCGCGAGUCAGAGAUGUCCUGUCCCUCGUUCCCGAAGGGCAGUGGAAGGAAUUUUCGGCCUUUGCAGGCCCCAGGCUGGAGAAACUCACGGCUUGGGACAAAGUGGUGCUGCUCGGAGACGCAAGUCAUCCUUUGUCAGGAGCCUUCGGUUCGGGAGCCGCAUUUGCAUUGGAGGACGGCUGGAUCCUGGCAAGGGCCAUCGAGUACACUCGAGACACUCCCAAAGGCCUCGCACAAGCCUUUGAAAUCUUCGACGCGAUCCGGUCCCCGUAUUAUCUCAGAAUGUAUCAAUAUCUCGACGAACAAAAGAGAAUGGCAAAAGAGGCGCUCAGCAAUGCUCUUGACAAGUCGUUUGAGUCUGUUCUGAAGAUCAAGAUGGCAUCGUUUGGGAGCGAAGAGGGAUUGCCGUGGAUAUACCAGAACGAUAUCGAGGACGUGUGGGAAAAGUAUCUAGAAGCUCGGAUCCAGGUAUAG